AUUAAUUUACUUCCUUACUUUUGCACCCUAUUCUUCAAUCCCAUCCAGCCUCACCCCUAUUUUAUUAUUUAUUUGUUUAUUUUUCUCCUCUCCCUCUCAAAUGCUAUAAUCCAAAAGAGAUAAAAGAGAUAUAAAACAAAAGAGAGGUAGUAAAGGAAAAUAAAGUUUCUGUUUUGUAUUAAAGAAAAGCCAUCACCCCCUCCCUCCAAACCCACCUUAUAUAAUGGCGCUGGAGGCGCACCACCACCACCACCCCCAGAAACAAACCUAUCUUCCUGCUUGUGCUGGAGGACAUCCAAGCAGUUAGUUCCCUCAAUUAGGAGCUGCUCACCGGUUGAAUCCAUCCCAGUUGACCUUGAGACUCCAGCAAAAACUCAAGCAGGGUUGGCAGAGGUGUCUUAGUCUAAAGACAGGUAAAACUUUCUAUUAUAAGAGGAUGAGCAGGAACAACGGGAAGAGUCCAAAGCUGGACCUGAAGCUGAAUUUGUCACCACCACCUCUGAGAGGCAACACUUCAAGAGCAGUCAGGGAUGGGGAAAACUCACCAAAUGGAUCCACAUCGUCCACCUCCCCUCCCAGCUCCUGCGUAUCAUCAUGCUCUAACAGCCCGGAAGCAACGUCCAUGGUUCUUGCAGGCUGUCCUAGGUGCCUCAUGUAUGUGAUGCUCUCUGAGGAGGAUCCAAGGUGCCCCAAGUGCAAGAACCCAGUGCUCCUUGACUUUCUUCAGGGAAACAGCAGCAACAAUACUACCAAGAAGAACAGGAAAAGCUAAGAGCUUUGCUUCUUAUCAUUAGGCCUAUCUUUCCUAUUGUUAUAGCCUUAUAGGUUAUCAAGUUCUCUUUCAAUUAAUCUUUUUUUUUCUUUCUCCUAUCUAAGUUGGUCUCUUCUCUUCAUUCCCCUGUUGUUUCGGUUUCUCUUUUGCUAAUGACAAAGAAAAUGUAAACGGGGCCUAAUCUGAAGAAGACAUACAUAGUUCCAUCUAGUUCUUUUCUUAUC